AUUCUCUUUUUAUACUUGGAUCACUUUUGGUCCUGUCUGACUUUGGUAAUGAUGAGUUACUGUUUAAAAAGUAGCAAACUUUGGGAUUUGGCCCCAAACCGCUAAAAAAGGCCUUAUUCAGAGUUUCCCUCAAUGCAGAUGAGCAAAAAAAGCAUGAGAAGAGGAAGUGCUUACUUGAAGCUUGUGCAUGUGCUCGAACAGGAUGAAGCGCUAAGUGACACUGGAAGAAAAAAAAUAAGCUGAGAAGAGGAAGUGGCACUGUUUCUCGAACUGACAAAGGAGAUUAUCACAGUGGUGGAGACAAGGGCGUUUUCUGUUAAAUAUUUUUGGAACCACGUUCAAAGCAUGGCUGCAUGGGACUUGACUGUCAUUGUGGAGGAACUGGGCCCUGAGGCCCCUCCUCUCAAAGUCAGCGUGACCUCUGAACUCCAUAUAGGGGGAGUCAUCCUCAAGAUAGUGGAGAAAACACAGAUAAAGAAGGACUGGUCAGACCAUGGGCUUUGGUGGGAGCAGAAGAAGCUGUGGGUUCUGCGGGCGGCUUGGUCGCUGGAUAAGUGCGGGAUCCACGCAGACGCCCGGCUCAACUUCAUGCCCCAGCACAAGCCCCUAAGGCUGGGCCUGCCCAACGGGGCCACAGUCUUACUGAGCGCCUCUUUCUCCGCUCCGGUGUUCCGCUGCGUCGUGGGCCUCUGCCAAAUACUGAACAUCCGUCAUCCCGAAGAGCUCUCUCUGCUGCGGCCCUUGGAAGAGAAGAAGAAGAAAAAAGUCAAAUCACAGGAGACCGUGUAUGACAUCACCGGCGCCUCCGUUACCUCAGGCUCUAUGCUGACUCUAGCAAAUGGGAUGCCGGCUCACUUUGCGCAGUCUGCAGAAUAUGAGGCUGUGUAUAAGAUACUGUCUGUAAGCCAGCCAGCUCCCGCACCAGAGACCAUAGCCAAGACAUUUCGACCAGCCAAUAUUGUGGAAAAAGCUCAAGUGAAUGGCCGGUGGCUGGAUUCAUCUCGCUCUCUGCUGCAGCAGGAGAUCAAUGAAAAUGACAUGCUGCAACUGCGCUUCAAAUACUUCACCUUCCAUGACAUGACACCCAAGCAUGAUGCGGUUCGUCUAACGCAGCUCUUUGAGCAAGCUCGAUGGGCCAUUUUGUUGGAGGAAAUCGACUGCACUGAAGAAGAGAUGAUGCUGUUUGCAGCCCUUCAGUACCACAUUGGAAAGGUCUCUCUGACAGAGCCUCAGAUGACAUCAUCUCCAGCCAUGGAUGAUCUGGACUCCGCUCUCCAGUGUCUGGAGCUGAAGCUGGACGAGGAGAGCGGCAGUGGCGCAGACAUGCUGGACACCAUGACACCAGCUCCAGAACUUCAUGAUUAUUUGAAAAUCUUCAGGCCAAAGAAACUGACUCUUAAGGGCUACAAGCAGUUCUGGUUUACCUUCAAGGACACAUCCAUCUCAUACUACAAAAGUAAAGAGGAGAGCUUAAGGGAGCCCAUUCAGCAAAUGAACCUGAAAGGCUGUGAGGUGACCCCUGAUGUUAGCAUAGCUGGCCAGAAGUUCUGUAUAAAGCUGCUGAUCCCUGAAUCUGAUGGGAUGAAUGAAGUCUAUCUGCGGUGUGAAAAUGAGCAACAGUAUAGUAAGUGGAUGGCAGCCUGUCGCCUGGCCUCUAAAGGGAAGACCUUAGCAGACAGUUCUUACUCCAGUGAGGUAGAGAGCAUCGAGUCCUUCUUAGCCAUGCAGCGAACCAACCCUGGCACCGCCUCCGCCCAGACCGAUGAGAGCAUCAACACACACAGCUUGGUGUCACCACGAUACCAGAAAAAGUACAAACCCAAACAGUUGACCCCUCGAAUCCUCGAGUCCUAUCAGAAUGUUGCACAGCUCUCAUUAACAGAAGCAAUUCAGAAGUUCCUUCAGAUCUGGCAAGGCUUGCCUGAUUUUGGAGUUGCGUAUUUUGUGGUGAAAUUUAAAGGCUGCCGUAAGGAUGAAGUCCUCGGAAUUGCCAACAAUCGGCUAAUCCGCAUUGACCUCAGUGUGGGAGAUGUGGUGAAAACGUGGAGGUACAACACCAUGAAGCAGUGGAAUGUCAACUGGGACAUCCGUCAGGUUCGUAUUGAGUUCAACGGUAAUGUAAACAUUGCCUUCUCCUGUGUGACUGCUGACUGCAAGAUUGUGCACGAGUACAUCGGGGGCUACAUCUUCAUGUCGACCCGCAGCAGAGAGCUCAGUAACACUCUCAAUGAGGAACUCUUUCACAAACUCACCGGAGGCCACGAAGCACUCUGAAGCCUAUCUGAUAUAUGGACAUGACUAUUUCUUUUUUUUUUACAGGAAACUGUGUAAUAAUUAACAGCUGUAAUAGGUUUAACAAUCUAAUAAAUCUUUGUCCAAAUUUGUUUCCAUUUUA